AUGCCCGGGAUCAAGCGCAAGGCAGAAACUGCAGCAAACGAGGCUGCCGCAAAACGACGUAAAUGCCCGUAUUUAGACACUGUGAACCAUCAGCUGUUGGACUUUGAUUUUGAAAAGGUUUGCUCCAUCAGUCUAUCGGAUCAGAACGUCUAUGCCUGUCUAGUUUGUGGCAAAUAUUUCAAGGGUCGUGGCCGCAAUACUCAUGCCUUCACCCAUUCAGUACAAAGCAGCCAUCACGUGUUUAUUAACUUACAGACGGAUCGCAUUUACUGCCUGCCGGAUAACUACGAGGUCAUUGACCAUACGCUCAAGCCUGUGCAGAACGCGCUGCGUCCGACAUUUGAGGCCGCUCAGAUUGCUCGACUGGACGAGAACCGUAUCUUGGCACAGGAUGCAUUUGGAGUCUCGUAUUUGCCAGGAUUUAUCGGCUUAAACAACCUCAAACAUACGGACUACAUUAAUGUGGUCGUGCAGGCGCUUGCCCACGUUCCACCGCUUCGAGACUACUUUUUGGCAAACAAAAUAGGAAAGAUCAAGUCCAAGCUGGUGAUUCGCUUUGGAGAGCUUUUGCGGAAAAUGUGGAGUCCACACAACUUUAAGAAUACGAUUAGUCCGCAUGAACUGGUGCAAGAGAUCUCAGUCAGCAGUAAGAAAAGGUUUCACGUCGGAACGCAAAAUGAAAGUGUCGAGCUUUUGGCAUGGCUGCUGAACGAAUUACAUAGGGGGCUUGGUGGAUCGAAUAAGUUGGGAAGCAGUAUUAUCUACAAAUGUUUUCAGGGCUUCGUAGAGGUGACAACGGACGAUGACACAAAAAGUACGUCCGCGGAUCCAGCAGAGCGCGAAUCAGCUGUCUCCACUACGGUGUCGCCGUUCUUGAUGAUUGCUCUGGACUUGCCGUCUACACCGCUGUUCAAGGAUUCACAAGGUGGAAACAUCAUUCCUCAAAUUCCGCUGUUUACAGUACUGCAAAAGUACAAUGGUUCGCACGUUACAUACAUCCUUCAAGACUCCCAUCGACUCAAGAAGACCUAUCGGAUUGAUACACUGCCAGUUUACUUGAUUUUUCACGUCAAGCGUUUUACGCGAAACAACUUCUUUAUUGAGAAAAACCCAACGAUUGUAAACUUUCCAGUCAAGAAUCUUGAGUUGCGCGAUUAUUUGAAACUAAAUCAUGACCUCUUACCGGAGCUUCGGGAUAAGUCAAUAUCUGAGCUACAAGCUCUGUUGCGCAACCACAACCAAUCAACUGCGGAUUGUGUUGAGAAGGCUGACUUGAUUGAAAAGGUCUUGCGCGUUACGUUGCCAUCGACCAAAUACAACUUGAUUGCCAAUAUUUGUCACGACAGCCCAGUAACUACUGGACAAGAGGCAGCUCUGCGAACGAAUCCGUUGACAGAAGGCAGCUAUCGUGUCCACGUCCAGAAUAGAGCAACCGAGCAAUGGUAUGAGAUUCAAGAUCUGCACGUUCAGGAAACAAUGCCACAGCUGAUUGGGGUGUCUGAAUCGUAUUUGAUGAUUUACGAACGGAAAGAGUAG